CACUACCGUGUGGUAUGUACGUACUCGUACUGUAAUUCUAGUAUGCGUAUUUUGAAAUUUGUACGAACUUCGUCCGAGUACGUAGCGUACUAGCACACUGGUCUUGUACAGCAUUUUGCAACUCAAGGGGGAAAGAAUUGAAAGAAAUUUUUGGAUGAAUUCCCUCUGUACAGUAUGUUGUAUUCUGUUGUACAGCAACCAUGAUCGCUCGAAGCCUCCGGCCCAAGAAACCAGACGCUACGACAGCAGCGGCAGCGGCGUCCGGUGCCGGCCCCACCGUCUGGAACGACAGGGCCUCCGUCUUGGCCAGGGUCGAAGAGUGCGGCUGGGCCCUGGCGUGGGCCUCGGAGGACCUGCGCGACGACAAGGAGGUCGUCCUGGAAGCCGUUCGUGCGGACGGGUACAACGCGCUGUGGCAGGCCUCCCCCCGGCUCCGGACCGACAGGGACUGCCUGCUGGCCGCCCUCGCCCACAACGGCGACUCCCUCUGGCGCGUCCCGGAGGCCUCGAGGCACGACCGGGUCCUCCUCUCCACCGCGGUGGCCUUUUCCCCCUCCGGGGAGGCCCUGUGGCACGCCCCGGAGGAAGAACGGGACGCGGAGGACCUGGUGGCCACCGCGGUGGCCCACAGGGGGGAAGCACUUGCCCACGCGUCCGAUCGGUGCAGGGGGAUCCCUUCCCUGGUGCGGUCCGCCGUCUCGCAGAACGGCCGGGCCCUGGGCUUUGCGGCCCCCCACCGGAGGGGGGACCCCUUUCUCGUCCUGGCCGCGGUCUCGAACGACGCCUCGGCGCUGGAAUUCGCGGGCCGGGAGUUCUUUGUGGCGGCGGCGAGGGCCGCGCUGCACCGGUGGUCCCUGGGGGCAGGCGUUCCCUCGUUAGCCGGAAAAGUGGAUUUUUGACCGCAGAAAGGAAGGUGUUG